GCGCGCGGAGGAGGGGGAGGAGGUGCUGUGCAGCCGCUUCCCGCCCCCGAGCGGAGCCGGUGCGGAGGGGAGUGGAGCCGAGCCGGCUGUGCGGCCGCCGAGCUCCCGCCAUGGCCCGGAACACGCUGUCCUCGCGCUUCCGUCGGGUGGAUAUCGACGAGUUUGACGAGAACAAAUUUGUGGACGAGCAGGAAGAGGCGGCGGCGGCGGCGGGCGAGCCAGGCCCCGACCCUGGCGAGGUGGACGGGCUCCUGCGGCAAGGGGACAUGCUUCGGGCCUUCCAUGCAGCCUUGCGGAACUCUCCAAUCAACACCAAGAAUCAAGCUGUGAAGGACCGAGCCCAGGGUGUAGUUCUGAAAGUACUCACAAACUUUAAGAGCAGUGAAAUUGAGCAGGCUGUGCAGUCACUGGAUAGAAAUGGCAUUGACUUGUUAAUGAAGUACAUUUAUAAAGGAUUUGAGAAGCCUACAGAAAAUAGCAGUGCUGUGUUACUCCAGUGGCAUGAAAAGGCCUUAGCUGUAGGAGGACUAGGCUCCAUUAUAAGAGUUCUUACAGCAAGAAAGACUGUUUAAAAAAAAGAAUCAUGUUACCUUGAGAAGAAUUUUGGAUGCCCAGGCUGGUGAAGAAGGGACCGACAAUGGACCAUUUUCCUGAACUCCCAGCUCAAUAUUCAGGAAACAAAUCUGCUGAAAUGUAUUUUACUUUUAAGGUGGAGGGAGAAAUUGUCUUAUUGUUUCCUAAAUUCUUUGCAGGAUCAGUGUCUCCGCCUUUGUCUACAGAGUAACACAGAACUGACACUUGACUAUCAGACUGACUGGCCAGAUUAUGUCAGGUGUACUUGUGUACACUGUUUGAAAUGGGGAGGGACUAUUUGGGCAGGUGCAGAUCCAAGGGCUGCUGUGAAAAGGAGGGCUUGGGUUCUGAAGUGGGAAAAAACCUCAGAGUUUGUACAGACACUCCGUCUUCCCAGAGAAGACAGGCUCUCUUGGGUUCAUUGUAAAGUGCCUGCUGCAUCAAUAAAGCUCUUGGCUUACUAGUCUA